GUUAGGGAGGCAUUGGCUUGCAACAGGAAGCCUUCAGAAGGGCAUUGCCUUCGCGGGCCGUGGCGCGCGUUUGAUUUGAUGAGUUCCUGUCGGGGCGACGCAUGACAGGCGGGUGCGGACGCAAUGCUGACGCGGUCCGCGGCUGGUCAGCCCGACGGCCGUGGGCCGCGAAGCGUCAUAGGCGAUGGGGAAGGACGUAUACUCGGCCGGAGUCGAGGAUGUUCCCUCCUGCGACCCCCAAUGACGAGCUCUGGUUCAUGGCGAGCGGCUCCAAAGGCCGGGCGGGAAGAACACUGAGGGUUCCCUGUGCUGAAGGCACUGCGGAGCAUCUCGGUCCAACCCUGGGUAUGGCGAGGACCACAGCACGGACAAUCAGUGCGGCAUGUCUAUUGGGGGGCAGGCGGGCGGCAAGGGCAAGGUCGACGAGUGGAGUGCGCGCAGAGCUCCAACGGCCCUGCUCUGCGACCUGCUACCUGAACUAGUCGCGGCCAUCCCCCUGUAGAGGCGCAAGGGGCUGGCGCAUGAGGACGGGGACAGCACGGGUGCGAGGCGCUACAACGCUCUGACAUCGAAAUAUCCUUCACUUCCUCGGGUGCCGUCGGCUCGUCAACGAUGGCAGAAGGCUGAACGUUGUCAGGCUGCCCUGGAGAAACAGAUCAACGCGGAUAUAUGGACGAGCUGGAGCGCUGGGGUGCAGGCGUUGAGGAAUUGGUGUCAAGACUGGCUGACCCUCCGGUCCAGCUUUCGGCUGCUCUCGAGGAGGUGUUCGGCGCUCCGUCCGAUACCCAGCACAAGCUGGUACGGAGGGACCGAUCAGAAGUCGGCCCCGACCAUCAGCAUCCGAGAACUGGUGGAGGGCAGGGUGUAGAUGGAGGAGAUGUUCACGGUCGGCGACUUCCUCGGGACGGACAAGGUGCUGGUGGGCUAUUUCCUUGACCCAGCGGACCGUGAGGAUCUCGAGAACAGGAAGACCAUUGUGGCACAGGAGAUCCAGACGGAUGGCGCGAACGCCAUCUGAGGGGCCAUGCAGAAGGCGCAGGCACCCGCGGCACAUCCGAAGGAGCAGAUGGCCCGCCUCGAGAGCAAGAAACGAGAGACCGACGCAGGGCAACCAGCGGAGGGAGGCGCAGCUGCCGCGGCUGCCCAACCGACGGCGGGAGUGCCCACGGGCGCGGCGUCAUCCUCAGCACCGGGGACACGCACGGGCCAGCCCGCCCCCACUGCUCGGCAGCGUCUGGCGGCUGAUGAGGCUGUCCGUCGGGCAGCAGCUGCUGCUCCUGCGCAGUCUGUGCUGUGGCAGCCUGGCGGCCACGGCCGUGGCAGCUACGCCGCCGAUGGAGUUCUCUGCGACCCUCGCGUCCUCCUGCAUUCACGGCUUGGUGGGGGCCCUGGACGGGCCCGGAGGGCAUGGCCUGAAGGGGAUGCCGAGGACAAUGAACACAUCCGAGGCGUUGAAGGCCAAAUUCGGAACGUUGCCUCCUGAGGAGGCGAGUCGCGAGUGAGGGUGUGGGCCAGUUCACGGACGCAGCGAGUGGUAUCGCCGCUGGGCCAAACCACAGCCUAGCAUCGCUUGUGUCUUGGACGAUGAAGGGUGUUCUCCGAGACCUACUCCACCGCAAGCAAAGCAAGUCCUGAAAUGCAGGAGGGCCGACCGCCAGCAGUCAGUGAACAGAUUUCCUUGUUUUUUUGACAGCGUGCACUAUCAAUGCCCACGCUUCGUUCGUGAAUAAGCUGGAUAUGCCGCAGGUAUUCUGCGUCCGGAAGAUCACCCAGGACCCGUCUGCGGAGGCUGGUGUGCGCCAGUGGUCGAGAGCAUGCCCCAUUAAGCUGGCUCUGGGGUCGUCCUGGCGGACAGGGCAAGGUGCCGAGCGCUAUCAUCAGCUGUUGGGCUGCCCGCGGAACUCGGCAUUACCGUUGCGAUCCUUGAGAUGCCUGAGAAGUGGCAGGGCCGCGUGGCGCAUCGCCUCAUGACCCAAGGGUCGCUGUAUUGGAAAAUUGUGGGAUCGAUAUUCUGUGUCGGCUCGAUAGUGCUGAAGUGGGGAACCUGGAGCUCCUGGAGUGCCUGGCAGCGCUCUUGGUGGGCCCAGCGUUUCCCAUUCCUCUUCGGUGGCGACUGACACACAUGUCGCCAAAACGACUGGUUUUCGCCAGAGCAGCUGACAUGAGUACGCAGCCAACGUGCAGCUGACAUGAGUACGUCUAUUUUCACUUGCCCCCAGAUGCUGGACGCCUUCCCCAGGAAGGUGGCUGCGAGGCACGGCGCCCCCGGUUCUCCCCGCUGCGACGUGCGCAUCCGGGCGCCAGAGAGCCAUUGUGAGCGCUUUGGGCGGGUGGAAACCGGCCAGGCCCUCCCCCCCGCAGUUCCAGAAGGCGAAGGGCAAGGCGUGGGAGGAUUCUGACGACCCGAUGCAUCUAUCUGACCGAAGUGGAAGCCCCACCACAGGUCGAGGCCAAGCGGGAGUGCCAUUUGGAACACGCCGCUCGACCCUGACAAUCUCAAAGCAGCUCGAUGGGAGUUUUUCCACAAAGAGAAGAUCUGUAACUGGUUCACCUGUUCCAAAUUCUUGACGCUCGCGUAUCCCCACCAGCCGUCCAGAAACGAUGCCAGGGCGAGUUGCCUCUCAGAAUCUCC